CGCCGAUGUUGGUCCCGCUGGUAGGCGGAUUCCGCUCGCAAACAAGAAAAUGUGUUAUUUUACUUCAACAGACACGUUUUUAUCAUGUUUGGAGAGGAGGUAACACACCGAAUGGGAAGCAACGGACUUAUUUGCUGAGCCCCAACCUGAGGACAGCCACAUGGACAGUCAACAGGAGUGACAACAGCAGACGUAUACUGGAAGCUGCAAAGCAUUUGCAGGUGACAGAGCGGACAUGUUGGCACGGUAAUGCAGGUGGAAGACUUAACGCAGACCCCAAAAAUGUGUUGAAGGAGGUGAAUUCCAGGACCAUCCUGUCUAACAUGUUGUCCUACGUGUGGCCCAAGGACCGGCCUGAUCUACGGGCUAGAGUAGCCAUCGCCCUGGGGCUGCUGGCUGGAGCCAAGAUGACCAACGUGAUGGUACCCUUCAUGUUUAAGUUUGCUGUGGACGAGCUGAAUGGACUCUCAGGACACAUGUUGAACCUGAGCGAUGCCCCCAACACCGUGGCUACCAUGGCAACUGCUGUUCUUAUUGGUUACGGUGUGUCCCGUGCCGGUUCGGCCCUCUUCAACGAGCUGCGUAACGCCGUGUUCGGGAAGGUGGCCCAGAAUUCCAUCCGCCGCAUCGCCAAGAACGUGUUCCUGCAUCUCCACAGCCUGGACCUGGGCUUCCACCUGUCUCGCCAGACGGGGGCGCUGUCUAAGGCUAUUGACAGGGGCACCAGGGGCAUCUCCUUCGUCCUCUCUGCUAUUGUCUUCAACCUGGGACCCACCGUGUUGGAGAUGGGGCUGGUCUCUGCUAUCCUGUAUUAUAAAUGUGGGGUGGAAUUUGCAGCGGUGACUCUGGGUACUCUGGGAGCGUAUGCCGCCUUCACCAUUGCUGUCACACAGUGGAGGACUCGUUUCAGGAUAGAGAUGAACAAGGCAGACAACGAGGCAGGAAAUGCUGCUAUUGACUCUUUACUCAACUAUGAGACCGUUAAGUAUUUCAACAAUGAGAAGUACGAAGCAGAGAAGUAUGAUGGUUAUCUGAAGACCUACGAGUCCUCCUCCCUGAAGACCACCUCUACCCUGGCCAUGCUCAACUUUGGACAGAGUGUCAUCUUUAGUGUGGGCCUCACUGGUAUCAUGGUGCUAGCUAGCAAGGGCAUCAUGGCAGGCUCUAUGACCGUAGGAGACCUGGUGAUGGUGAACGGUCUGCUGUUCCAGCUCUCUCUGCCUCUUAACUUCCUGGGCACCGUGUACAGAGAGACACGUCAGGCCCUGAUCGACAUGAAUACACUCUUCACACUGCUCAGUGUUGACACCAAGAUCAAGGAGAGAGAUCUGGCCCCUCCUCUCUCUGUGACCCCUCAAGAAGCCACCAUCAGGUUUGAGGAUGUCUACUUUGAGUACCUGGAAGGACAGAAGGUUCUAGAGGGGGUCUCCUUCCAGGUGCCGGCUGGGAAGAAGGUGGCCAUCGUAGGAGGGAGCGGAUCAGGGAAGAGCACCAUAGUGCGCAUGUUGUUCCGGUUUUACGAGCCCCAGAAGGGAAACAUCUACAUCGCUGGACAGAACAUCAGAGACGUUGGACUGGACAGUCUGCGACGGGCCAUAGGGGUGGUACCACAGGAUGCAGUGCUCUUCCAUAACACCAUCUUCUACAACCUUCAGUACGGGAACAUCAACGCCACGCCAGAGGAGGUUUACCAGGUUGCACGGCUGGCAGGGAUACACGACGCCAUCCUCAGGAUGCCACAUGGAUACGACACUCAGGUCGGGGAGAGGGGACUCAAACUGUCAGGUGGGGAGAAGCAGCGUGUGGCCAUAGCCAGGGCCAUACUGAAGAACCCUCCUAUCCUGCUGUAUGAUGAAGCUACGUCCUCACUGGACUCGAUCACUGAGGAGAACAUUCUUAGUUCCAUGAAGGGUCUGGUUCAGGACCGGACGUCGGUGUUCAUCGCUCACAGACUGUCCACCAUCGUAGACGCAGACGAGAUCAUCGUACUCAACAAGGGGAAGAUAGCAGAGCGAGGAGACCACCACUCUCUGCUGGCUACUCCAGGGUCUCUGUACGCUGACCUGUGGAACACUCAGAACAGUAAGAUACUGAACAGUAGGAACAGCCCAGUGGAGCUGCAGCCAGAGAGACUCAGCCAGAAGGAGCAGGAGAGGAAGAAACUACAGGAGGAGAUCAUGAACAGUGUCAAGGGCUGUGGGAACUGCUCCUGUUGAGGAGAGACAAGGACAGGAGGCCACCUCUUCCCCACCUGCUUCAAUACUUGUCCUCCCUCCCUUCCUCCCUCCCUCCCUCCUCCUUCCUUCACAGCCUGCACUCAGGGGAGGGUACACCUACAUCUCUCUCCAUCUCACCCCUGCCACGCCAAACCCUGUAACCCACUCCCGGCGGGCUGCCCCUCCCCCUGCUCUUCCUGAGAAGGCGAUUGGUGGCCGAAGAGGAGACUGAGGAGCAAGGCUGUCUGCCAUUGGCUCAUGUCUACAGAGUGGCAACGUUCGUCUGCCAAUCCUCAGCCCAAACCAUGCAUAAGAGACCUUGUAUAUGAUGGCAUGUUGGAUAUGAUGACAUCAUGUUGUAUAUGAUGACAUCGUGUUGUAUAUGAUGACAUCGUGUUGUAUAUGAUGACAUCAUGUUGUUAGAACAUUACUGAUCAACAUGAGUCAGUUUCAUUCUGAAGAUCGUGUAGCUCAGUUGGUAGAGCAUGGCGCUUGCCACGCCAGGGUUGUGGGUUCGAUUCCCACUGGGGGCCAGUAUG